CAUGCCUGCCCGCUGCCUCCUCCUCCUCCUCCUGGGACUGCUCCUGGAGCUGGAGCCUGCCUUCUGCCAGGAAGCCCGGGGCAGCCUCCAGCCGUGGUCACAGGGUGUCAUCGCAGUGGUCGUGUUUCUAGUGCUGGUGGCCAUCGCUUUCGUGGUCAACAGGUUCUGGUGUAAGAAGAAAGCGGAAAACGCCGAGACCAUGGUGACUGUAGAGGACAAGCAGGAUCCUGUCGUGUCCAAUGGCCACGAAGGGAGAUACAUAUCAGCUGCAACUGACUUCAGGUGCAAAGAGAACCAGCAUGCCUACGAGAACACGGUGGAGCCCGAGGAGAAGGUGAUCACCACUGCCAUGUAGCAGGCACCCAACCAGCCACCCUCCUUCCUCCUCUCAACUGGCUUCACACGAUCGCGAUGGGCGUUUUCACAGAGACCCUCUGUGUUGGCACCCCCUGUGUGUAAUGGGUCCCUGAACUCCCCAUGGCACCACCAUCUCCUGAUCUUUCCACACCUGUGGGACGUGCUCUUCUGCCUCGGGGACUGGUGUCCACGUGGGCAUUGGUCCCCAGGAGAGGUCUGGAGGUGUCAGCUCUCCUGCCUGGUGGUCACCCCACCUCCUUGGCAAGGUUGAUGUCCCAAGUCCUAGGAGGGUGUUGACCUGCUUAUUACACAGAGGGGCUCCUACUGGGUGCCUGGGACCUCCCUGCACCCCCAGCUGCCUUACGGGGAGUUGCUGAUGGAAAACCUGCUAUUUUCUCCCCAGUUCACCCUCCUUUUUACAACCUGCAUGAAACAUUUUAAUGUCAGAACAAACCUUCUCCCCUGUACAUAUCUCCCCUGUAAGCAAUAAAGAGAAUUGUUGCCCCUA